UUAACAUGGCUUCGAUACGACAGGUCGAGAGUUUGACCGAGGAGGUAAUUUGUCCCAUCUGCCUGGAUUUCUUCACCGAUCCGGUGUCACUGGAAUGUGGGCACAACUUCUGUCGCUCCUGUAUCACACGGUGUUGGGAAAAGGCGGAGAGAAACUCCUGCCCGGAAUGUAGAGAGGAGUUUGCAGACCGCACCCUCAGGGUCAGUCGGGCCUUCGCAAAUCUGUCUGACAAAGCUCGGAAACUAAACCUGAAUCCGAAAGGGAAGGAAAGUAAACUUCACUGCGAGAAACAUGAGGAAGAAUUGAAGCUGUUUUGUGAGACGGACAAGAAACUGCUCUGUCUGGUCUGUAGAGACGCGCGGGAACACAGAGAGCACCGCUUCCUGACGAUUGAAGAAGCUGUUGAAAUCUAUAAGGACCGGGUGAAAUCUGCCUUAGACUCUCUCACAGAAAAGAAAUCCGAGCUCAAGGAAAUGGAGCGGCAACAGAAAGAGAAGAUUUCCGGAGUUCGGGAACAGUCAAACGGCGUUCAGACCCACAUCACAUCCCAGUUCGCUGAACUGCGCCAGAUUAUCACCGAGAAAGAGCAGCGCACACUCCGAGAUCUCAGGGAAGAAGAGGCGAGGAUUCUAAAUCCAAUGGAGAAAAAUCUUCGAGAGAUUCAAGAGAAUUUAAAUUCCAUCCAGGAGGAAAUCUCAAAGUUACAGGAACAGAUGGACCAACAAGAAAAUAUCACAUUCCUCAUGGAGGAAGCUCGUCGGAAGAGGAGGACUAGUGAUGAUGAACAGGUGCUGUCAGUGACACAGGGCGCCCUACCUGUCGAAAAAUUCGAUCAGCCCUUUUUGUUGAACACAACGUUGAGAGAAAUGUCUGAUACAAUUAAGCGAGUCUCUGUCACCCUGGAUGUGGAAACGGAGCAUCCGCUGCUCGAAGUGUCUGAGGAUCGGAAGAGUGUGAGAUAUGCCGGGACCCGGAGGGAUCUCCCUGACACCGGGAAGAGGUUCACACACCGGCCUUGUGUGCUGGGAUCGGAGGGGUUCACAUCGGGGAGACAUUACUGGGAGGUGGAGGUGACGGGGAAUCGGCGCUGGGGUCUGGGAGUCACGGCAGAGUCUGUGGAGAGGAAGAGACGGGUCAGACUGAGUCCGGAGACCGGAUUCUGGACCAUCGGGCGGGUUAAUGACGAGAUGUGGUUUCUCACCUCCCCAGAGUCCCGUCUCCCUGCCGGUCCCAUCCCCGGGAGGGUGGGAGUUUAUCUCUGUUACCAGUCCGGGACAGUUUCAUUUUACAACGCGGAGACCAAGUCCCAUCUCCACACCUUCACUGGAAAUAAAUUCACGGAGAAACUUUAUCCUUUCUUCGGGACUUGGGAUGAAAACCAGUGUCUGAGGAUCUGCUCCGGUUCCGCUCCGGGUCUGUAAACGGGUCGGGUCCCGGGACCGGCGUCAGGAGUAAGUCAGUGUAAAUAUAAAUGUGCAGAGAGUGAAAUAAAUACGAUGUGAGAAUUAUCGAUCCAUUAAUUUUAACUCGUUCACCGCAUCCGUCAACGGGACAGAAACACCGCGGAUUCAGCAGCAGCCGCGGGCGGCGGGUCCGGAGCUCCCCGGCUCCCCCGGGUGCUAAAGUCCACCCGCACCGGGACAGGUGAAGUGGGACAAGUGGUGAUGGUGCUGACUGGGAGAGGGAGGUCAGGGUGACUCUUGGGGAGACGGGACAUGUGGUGAUGGUAACAGGCUGGAGAAUCUCAGCGUGUCAGGCAGCAUCUACAGAGGGAAAUGGAUCAUGACGUUUUGGCUCGAUGUCCUUCCACUGGACUGAAAGUGAGAGCGGAGAUGCCCGGUGUAGGACGGUGGAGGGGAAGCCAGGGUAAGAGCUGGCAGGUGAGGGGCUGAUAGACACCUGAAGGAGGGGUGGAGUGUGGAAAUGUGUCAGAAGCUGGGAGGUCAGAGGUGGCAGUGACAAAGAUGAUGGGCAGGUGGACAGGGUGGGUGAGGAGGGUAAAAUGCUGGAAGCAUUCAGCCGGUCAGUCACAAUCCAUGGAGUUCGUAUUCCAUUGGUUUCAAUGAGAUUCCGCCCUCGCCCCCCGCCACCCUCCCCACCUUGCAUUCUUCUGAAUCCCAGUGAGUUCAGGCCUAAAGCUGCCAAACGCUCCUCAUAUGUUAACAGCUUCAUUCCCGGAAUCAUCCUGGUGAACCUCCUCUGGACUCUUUCCAAUGACAACACAUCCUUUCUGAGAUAAGGGGCCCAAUACGUCA